UCUUCUGCGCCAUCGUCUCGCCGCCAUAUUGCCUCGCUCCCAAAACAACAGCGGCGACAGUAAGCAACUAUGUCACACUUCAUAGAUUCAGAGGCAGAGGAGAGUGAGGAGGAAGAGGAGGAGUAUGGGGAGGAGGAAAAGAAGAAACUCAAGAAACUCAAGAAAUCUGUAGAAGACUCAUCAGAGGAGGAGGAUGAAGAUGAGGAAAUGAUCCAAGAGGAAAACAAAGGAUUUAUCAAUGAUGAUGAUGAUGAAGAGGAAGAUGAAGGGGGAUCAGACAGUGAAGUGGAAGGAAAAAGAAAACGAGACGAUGACGACGAUGAUGACUUGGACGGAGACAACUUAGAUGAGGAUGAUCUUGAUCUCAUUGAAGAAAAUAUAGGUGUGAAACUAGACAGAAAGAAAAAAUUCAAACGUCUAAAGAGAAUAGAAGAUGAAGAUUCAGAUGCUGAGGAAGAGGACGUUCAGGGACAGAUCAGGAGAGAAAUCUUCGAGGGAUCGGGUGAUGAGGACGAUGAAGAGGCUGCCCCCGCCCCACAGGUCCCCCAGCAGCCUGAGACCUAUGCCUCGGAAGAGGAAGAAGAAGAAUCUGAUGGUGAAGGAAGCUUCAUUGUGGAUGAUGAUGGCAAGCCCAUCGCCAAGACAAAGAAGAAGGCCAUCUUUGAGGACGAGGGUCUCGAGGCUGCAAGAGACAUCUUCGGUUGUGACUUCGACUAUGGAGAGUUUGAGCAGUAUGAAGAUUAUGAUGAAGGUGAAGAUGAAGAGGAGGAAGAUGAUGAUGAUUAUGAGGAAGACGAAGAUGUUGAGGGGAGAGAGAGACGGCAUCGUAGAAAGGAACGCAGGAAGCCUAUCAAGAAAUCCAUCUACGAGGUCUUCGAGCCUAGUGAACUUGAGCGAGGUCACCUCACAGACCAGGAUCAUGAAAUCCGCAAGUCGGACGUCCCUGAAAGGUUCCAGCUACGGCAGAUCCCUGUAACACGCACAAGAGGAGAGGGUGACGACCGCGCUACAGACAAGGAGCUCGAUCAAGAGGCCAAGUGGAUUUAUCAUCAUGCAUUCUUCAAGCCAUAUAUAUCAAACCAGGAAGGACGUGACGAAGCCAAGCUCCGCUCCCGCCGUGACAUGAACAUGAUUCAGAAGAUCUACAAUGCCCUGGAUCUGAUGAGGAAUUCCACGUGUGAGGUUCCCUUCAUUGCCUUCUACAGGAAGGAGGAAGUCCAGCCGGAGCUGAACAUUCACGACCUGUGGAAGGUCUACCGUUGGGAUGAAAAGUGGUGUCAGCUGAAGCGCCGAAAGGAGAACCUGCGGUCAAGGUUCCAGAUGAUGUCGGAAUUCCAGGGUGACCUGAUCAUGAAGGACCUCGAUGCACCCCUUCCAGAGAAUGUGAGGAUGCUCAAGGAAGAGGAUAUUGAGAGAAUGGAUGAAUUGGAGACCUCUGAGCAGUUUAAUGAUUGCUACAAGCAGUUCUUGCUUUACUAUGGAAAGGAACUGCCUGACAUGCAUGAGCACAUGAAGGCCAAGAACAAAGAAAGGCAGAAUACAGUGCGUGCUACAAAGAAGGAAAAUGAAAUGGAAAAAGACAAGGAAAAUGAUGAAGAGGUAGACAAAGAGAAUGAGGAAGUGGAGGAUGAGCCACAACAAGCUACAGAGGACACUGAUGCACUGAAGAAGGCAGUGAGGCGGCAUGAGUACGAACUCCUAAGGAAAGCUGGCAUUGAGGCAUUGACCAAGAAGUUUGGUCUGACACCAGAACAGUUUGGUGAAAAUUUGCGCGACAACUACCAGAGAUUCGAUUGUGAACAGUGCCAGGAGGACCCUCUCAAGGAGGCUGAGGAGCACAUCUCAAAGAUGUGUUCUACUCCUGAAAGAGUGUUGGAAGCUGCUGUGAGGAUGGUUGGGUGGCAGUUAGCAUGUGAACCCCUUGUCCGCCGUACAGUGCGUGAAGCGUAUUUUGAGCGAGCAAGGAUCAGUGCCAGACCUACCCCUCAGGGCCUAAAGAUCGUAGACGAACACCACCCACUCUAUCCCAUCAAAUACUUGAAGGACAAACCUGUCACAGACCUGCAGGGAGACCAGUUCCUGAGACUCAAGUGUGGGGUAGAGGAUAAACUCAUGACCAUUAGUCUGUCUGACACCAUUGAGGGCAAUACCUCGCUGAGCUAUUUGGACGAAAUGAAGCAGUUGUACUAUCGGGACGAGUUCUCCCAAGUGGUCCAAGACUGGAAUGACUUGAGAGGGCGAGCAGUGACCUUUGCCUUCAAGAGGAUUAUAGAAGACCUGAAGAGAGAGCUGUCCCAGAGACUGCUGCAGGAGUCCAAGGACCAUGUGAUUGAGCAGUGCUGCAGCAAACUAUACAACUGGAUUAAGAUCGCACCUUACAACCCUGGCGACUUCUCCGACGAGGACGAGGAUGAUUGGGAUACCUCCAAGGGCUUCAGGGUCUUCUCCAUCGCCUAUGUGCCCGAUCUGUCACAGGCUGCCUUUGGGUGCUGCAUUGACAUCGAUGGAGAUUGUUGUGAGUACAUACGCCUUCCUCACUUGCUCAAGCGACGCAAUGCCUACAAUGAGAGGGAUGCUCUUGCUAAGGAAAAUGACAUCAGGCGGAUGCAGGAGUUCAUCAUUCGGCGCAAACCCCAUGUAGUGGCUGUCAGCGGAGAGUCCAGGGAAGGCUUCAUGGUCAAGGAAGACCUGAUACAGAUUUUAAAAGAUCUGGAAGAGCAGGAGCAGUUCCCCAAGAUCAAUGUGGAGAUUAUUGACAAUGACUUGGCCCACAUUUAUGCCAUGUCCAAGAAGGGUGAGUCUGAUUUCCUGGACUAUCCUCCCCUGCUGCGACAGGCCAUCUCCAUUGGCCGCCGAAUCCAAGAUCCUCUAAUCGAGUUUUCACAGUUAUGCAAUGCUGAUGAUGAGUUGCUCAAUAUAAAGUUCCAUUCACUGCAAGAUCAAAUAAAUAAUGCUGAACUCCUUGAUUCUUUGUACACUGAAUUUGUUAAUCGUACAAAUGAAGUUGGUGUUGACUUGAAUCGUGCUGUGGCUUACCCAUAUACUCAGAACUUAGUGCAGUUUGUGUGUGGCUUGGGACCUCGUAAAGCUAACCUUCUCAUAAAGAACAUGAAGCAGAAUAAUCAGCGUUUAGAGAAUCGAAACCAGCUGGUGGUCAAUUUCCACAUGGGUCCCAAAGUAUUUAUUAAUUGUGCCGGAUUCAUUAAAAUUGACACCAAUGCUCUAGGAGAUAGUGAUAAUUAUAUUGAAGUUCUCGAUUCAACACGUAUUCAUCCAGAGGCAUAUGACUGGGCGAGAAAAAUGGCAGUCGAUGCCUUGGAGUAUGAGGACGAGGAAGGCAAACCUGCAGAAGCUUUGGAAGAAAUUUUAGAAACUCCUGAACGACUGAGUGAAUUAGAUUUAGAAGCUUUCGCGACUGAACUCCAGAACCAAGGCUUUGGUAAGAAGAACACAACCUUGUAUGACAUAAGACACGAGUUGAAUCACAGAUACAAGGACUUCAGGAUGCCUUUCAGAUCUCCCACUCCAGAGGAAAUCUUCAACAUCUUGACCAAAGAGUCCCCAGAAACAUUUUAUGUCGGAAAAUUAGUGCAAGUGACAGUAACCAAUUUCAUCCACCGAAAGCCCAGAGGAGAUCAGCUGGACAAUGCCAACCCUGUCAGAAACGAAGAUACGGGUCUCUGGCAGUGUCCAUUCUGCCUGAAGAAUGACUUCCCCGAGCUUAGUGAGGUGUGGAAUCAUUUUGAUGCAGGGGAUUGCCCUGGCCAGGCCAUUGGCAUCCGUGUACGCUUGGACAAUGGGAUAUCUGGGUUUAUUAGCAUUAAGAAUUUGUCAGACAAGACAGUGACUAAUCCAGCAGAGAGAGUGAAGAGAAAUGGCAUUGUGUUGUGUCGCAUCAUGAAGAUCGACCCAGAGAAGUUUUCGGUCGAACUUACCUCUCGAACCUCCGACCUUCAGGAUCGCGAUGGCAAGUGGAAGGCUCCUAAGGAUGCAUACUACGACUAUGAGACAGAGGAGAAGGACAUGAACAGCAGUAGGAAGAAAAUGGACAAGAAGAAGACACAGUACCAGAAGCGUGUCAUUGCUCAUCCAUCCUUCAGGAAUAUUGACUACAAUGAAGCCGAGAAGGUGAUGCAGCACCUCGAGCAAGGAGAGGUCAUAAUCCGGCCCUCGAGCAAGGGCGUCGAUCACCUCACGGCGACGUGGAAGGUCACCGAAGGCAUCUGCCAGCACAUUGACAUUCGGGAACAGGACAAGCAAAAUGACUUCUCUCUCGGCCAGAAGUUGUGGAUCAUGAACGAAGAAUUUGAGGAUCUAGACGAAAUCAUUGCCAGAUACAUUUCGCCAAUGGCGAUAAACGUCCGCCAGAUAUUGGAAUACAAGUAUUACAAAGAAUCCGUCAUGGGCGACAAAAACAAGGCCUCCGAGAUCUUGAAGGAGGACAAAAAGAAGAACCCCAAGACCAUUCCCUAUCUGUUUUCGCCGAGGAAGGACCUGCCGGGCAAGUUCAUGCUGUCCUACCUGCCGCGCGUGAAGGUAAUCCACGAGUUCGUGACGGUGACGCCCGAGGGCUUCAAGUUCCGCGGCCGGAUGCAGCACCCCAACCUGGCGUCGCUCCUCAAGUGGUUCAAGGUGAACUUCCGGCGGCCCGCGCCCAGCAUGGGGGCCACGCCGGGCAUGAUGUCCACGCGCACACCCUACAUGGGUGGCACGACGCCCAACCUGAUGGGCGUCGACGCCUCCACCAUCCAGAAGGUGGCACAAAACCUCAACCCCCACAUGCUGCACAACCUGUCUCAGGCAGCUACGAACACGCCCUACGGAGCGCACACCCCAGGGGCGUUUUCUCAAGGCUACUCCAAUUACGCCAAUACCCCGUACACGCCCUCCGGCCAGACGCCCUUCAUGACGCCCUACGCCACGCCUGGCCCCUCUACCACCCCGCGCUACAGCGGCUCUCAGACGCCCUCGUACUCGAGCGUCGGAAACCGCACGCCCUCGCACCGCCCCUCCACCGGCCACAGCAGCCAGCCGUCGCGGUCCACGCCCUCCGCCAGCAGCCGCUCGGAGCAGAUGGACUGGAAGAUGGCGGCGGCCGCGUGGGUGCAGGCCAAGGGCGGCGGCGGCGGCGGCAGCGCCCGCGACGCAGGGAGGUCCACCCCGAGACACCACGACGGAGGGCGAAGCACGCCGCGCUACUCGGAGCCCCGCGACUCGCGCUACGCUUCGAGCUCCAGCUACCCCGACGACGGGUCGCGACGCACCCCGCGCUACGACGACCGCACGCCGCGCCCCUACCACGACUACGACAACCCGCGCGCCACGCCCCGCUCGGCGCGCUCCACGCCCAAGACCAUCCACUCGCCCACCAACAUGAGCAUCGGGGGGGACCAGACGCCGCUCUACGACGAGUAGACGCAGUUAGGGCUACAAUAGAUGUCUCUUUUAUUUUUUAUCUAAUUGUGCAUGUCUGGAAGGCCAGAGAUUAAUAGGUAUUAUUUACUAAGAAGGACUUAAGAUUUGUCACUCAGUUUGUAUGGAUUUUUUACAUGGGCUUUCUCAGUUAUCGUUCGUUAUACAUAAGAGGACGGGGUAAGUCCAUGGAGGAUUUUUUAUAUGUGUAAAACGUAGUUUAAUUUACGUAAAAGUGAAAUAUCUCGCAGAAUUUCGCAUAGGUGUUGCCCACAUAGUCCUUGUUAGCGUCAUGCUUCCAAAUGUCAGUGGCUGUAAUCCUUAUGCUCCUUCAGACCAACUACUGUGAUCUGAGAAAUAAAAAUUGAAAAUAGG